GGCGCAAAGCAGUUGCUUCUCGUUAGUCUCAUACACUCUUCGAACCAAAGCCCCUUUGUUGGCGAGCCGCUUGGUCGCCGCAAAUAUGUUCCUCUCUUUCGCCUUAGCCUUCUCUUCGUUUAACUAUUAAGACUGAGAGUUUCUGAGUUUGUACUAAUGUGGAAAUCACCUGCCAUAUCCUAUCUGGUUGGCCAUUUAACUCAGCUUGGAGUUAUUAGGGCCCAAGUUCUGAGUUCUUCAUACAGUACUGUGUCACAAGCACAAGUAUAUAACCUUAGAGAAGGGAAGGCUGUGGUGUCAUCUGAGGAUCAACACCACAACCAAGUUAACAGUCGGAUUCCUGAGAAAAAUGCUGGAGGUGAAAACAGGAACCAAAUCAGAUGGAAUGUUUCGAGAAAGGAUAAGAUCAACUUUCUUGUCAAAACACUACUUAAUCUCAAUGAUAGUAAGGAGGAUGUUUAUGGUACCCUCGAUGGAUGGGUUGCAUGGGAACAAGACUUCCCUAUAGGAAAACUUAGGAUAGCAUUGAUUGCUCUUGAGAAGGAACAGCAAUGGCACCGCAUUAUUCAGGUAAUUAAAUGGAUGGUAAGCAAGGGACAGGGAACCACCAUGGGAACAUAUGGGCAGCUAAUACGUGCAUUAGAUAUGGACCAAAGACCAGAAGAAGCACACAAGUUCUGGCAGAAGAAGAUUGGCAUGGAUCUGCAUGCAGUUCCGUGGCAGUUAUGCAAAAGCAUGAUCUCUAUGUAUUAUCGAAACAACAUGUUGGAGAAUCUCGUAAAGCUUUUUGAGGGGCUGGAAGCUUUUGAUCGUAAACCUCCACAGAAAUCUAUAGUCAGGAAAGUGGCGGAUGCAUAUGAGAUAUUAGGCAGGCUUGAAAAGAAAGAGAGGGUGUUGGAGAAGUACAAUUAUCUCUUCACUGAAGAUCGAUCUCGGAAGAAACCUAAAAAUGCCUUGUCUAAGGAGAAGAAGAAACUAGUUUAGAACUUAUAAUUGAUAGAUUUAUAUCUGACAAUUGUCUUCUAUUGUAAAUGCAUUUUGUAUGACUAAAGGAGAGGUAAAGUAAAAUCGUACAAAAUGAUAUAUUAGAGUGGUUUCAUGAUUCUAUUGCUAGCUUUCUGUUUUGCUGUU